AUGCGCAGGACCCAUCUUCAACGUGGACACGAUCCAGAAGAUGACAUAACGUUCGGCGUCCUGCACAUAAAGGACAACCGUCCGCUCAUCGAGCCGUCCUCAGACAUCUCGGGGAACCACGUUAAGUGGAACGUGAGCUCCCUGUCACCCGUGGGUCCCAUCCUUAAGACGAACCAGGCCGUGGAGCACCACGGGGUGGUUCUGGUGUACAAGCAGCUCUGCAGUGACGCAAACUACAGCUUCCACGUUUACCUGGCCACCAACAGUGCGUCGGACAUCAAGGAUAUAGGCAAACAAGUGCGGGGCUACAAGAAUCGUUACGUUAAGAUCGAUAAGCCUCCCACGUGCAAACUGGACGAGGGGACGUAUCGUCUCUUGAGCGAGCCGGAGGGAGAGAUCAAACCUCAGGACUUAAAAUUCACCCUGGCGGUGACCAAGAUGAAAGGCUACUUUGAAGCUUUCUUUGAGCAGCCGCCUCCUUUUAAAUUAUCUCUAAUAGAGAUUACCACAGAACAGACUGUAUGGGAUACCACCAUCAGAGAAGGCGACUGUGUGGUUAACGUGGAAAAGAAGCCCAAGAAAAGAACAAUUUCAGGCAGGCAGAGGAGCAGCAGCCCCUCAGAGGAAGAAACCGCCUGCAAAAGACCCCGAUGGCAGGACGAGUCAGAUGGAGUAAAACCAGUGAUGACUCGGGGUGAGGACCUGUCAGAGAGGCAGCUGCUGCGAAUAGCCAAGCAGCUUGGCUCCGAGUGGAAGCAGGUGGCCAUCUACCUUGACCUGAAUACCAGGGAGCUGGAUGACAUCCAGACAGCAGAGAAAGAUGUGAACAUGCAGAAACUGAAGAUGCUGGUGGAGUGGAAGAAGAGAAGGGGGUCAGGUGAAGCCACGGCGUCCCACCUGUUGGAGAGUUUGGAGGAAUUCGACGACUUGCCGAAUGAGGUUUAUCAGAUUCUGAAAGAUAUGAGGGACAAUCGAGCAGCUAAGUAA